UGGGAACCGAAUCGGGGAUUGUGAGUCGAGAAGGAAGCCCGCUAUAAUAGGAGUGAGAGGAAGUGUGCGUGUGUGCGUGUGUUGAGUGAGAGAGAUAUACAGAGUGGUGCAACGUGGCAAGGGUCACUCCCCGGAGCUCCUUCACACCGACAGGAUGCAGGUGCGUGUGUGCGUGUCCGUGGUGGCUGUGUGUCUGUGGGCAGCGGCAGCGCAGCAGCAGGAAGCGCUGAAGGUGGAGGUGCUGAGCCGGCCAGCCGUGUGUCGCACCCAGGGAGUUGCUGGGGAUAAAAUACAGGUCCACUAUACUGGUCGACUGGCUGACGGCACCAUCUUCGACCAGAGCGCAAAUCGAGGCGAACCCUUCGAGUUCCGGCUGGGGUCUGGUCAGGUGAUCAAGGGCUGGGACCGGGGCCUGGACGGCAUGUGUGUGGGAGAACGCAGGAGACUCACCAUCCCACCCAACCUGGCCUACGGCAGGAGGGGCGCCGGGGGCGUCAUCCCCCCAGACGCAACGCUGACGUUCGAGGUGGAGCUGGUGGAGGUGCCGGACAAGGUGGUGAGGGUGGACGAGGAGCCGGAGCGCAGACCCGCGCCCACCGCAGACGUCUCCUCCGCCCCAACAAAGCUGGUGACACAGACCCUGGUGCGGCCCCCGACCUGCUCCAAGGUGGCCGCUCCGGGAGACUCUCUCAGUGUCCACUACACUGGCCAACUUAUUGAUGCCAAGAAAUUUGAUUCCAGCGUGGACCGCGGGGAGCCCUUCGUAUUCAAGCUGGGUGAGGGAGCAGUGAUCCGGGGAUGGGAGGAGGGGGUGGCCGGCAUGUGUGUGGGUGAGAGUCGUCUGCUCGUCGUGCCCCCCUCCCUCGCCUACGGCAGGAGAGGCGCCGGCUCCGUCAUACCUCCAGAUGCGACGUUGAUCUUCACCAUCCAGCUGCUGAAAAUCAACUGAGGCGCGAACUUCUGCCGCAGGAUGGCGACGUGGCGCUAGUGUCCUGCUUUUGUUAUCUUCCUUCGUGUAUUCUUUGUUACUUUGUUAAGCUUGUAAAGCAUUAGCUGGGCUGUGAGUAAACGUUAAAAAAAGA